AUGCCGGCUAAUAUGACUGCGUUUAUGGACAAAACGAAGAAUGAUGAUGACAACGUAACCGAGCAAGUACGGCUGGAAGAUCAGCAUGAGACGGUGGUAGCAGCUAUGGAAGGGAAGUUGUUGUAUGCCCCGGUAGAUUUGUCUAAAGCAGGCCUCCGGAUCCUAGAUUCUGCAUGUGCAAAUGGCCGUUGGAUCGUGGACCUUCAAAAAGCGGCAUCUCCAGCAGAGCACGAUUACAGAGGCACCGACGUUGUCGAAUCACUAUACCCCAAGCCGCCGCCGAAGCGAACUCACUUCCAAGACCAAUCGAUCAAAGAACCCUUCCCAUCUGAAUGGCAGGGAACAUUCGAUGUUGUCCAUCAAAGACUCGUCAUGGCAGCCGCCGCACCCGAACAAACCCCUGAAUUUGUAGUUCAGAACUUGGCUGGAUUGCUGAAACCAGGAGGCUGGCUACAACUAGUGGAAGUGAUCACAACACCUGUUCCUGAGAACCCAGUAUCCCAGAACCAGUAUAUAGACAUGUUAGACUCUUUGUACAAGAAUCUAUAUGCGGGUACAAAGUAUGCGAAAUCGAAUCUGAUGGCCGAUCUUCCUCAGGAGAUGGAGGAGAGCGGACUUCGCAAUGUCCAAAAAGCUGAGGUGUUGGUCAAGUAUGGUGCAGCGACUACGGAUCCAUCGAUUCGAGAGAAAAGUCUAAGGACUGCGGUUGCGGGUGUUCCGAACUUCUUGACGGUUCUCAAAGAAAUGUCUGGAGACGUGUGGAAAGAAGAAUGGAAUGAUCUUCCACAACGUCUUCAAAGGGACUUGGCUGAAAGUGGAGGUUACAUGAAGUACAUUGUUUGCUGGGGACAGAAGUAG